AUGACCUCCAAACCAGCCUCCUUCCACGAUGAAGGCCAGGAAGUGGCCAAACCCACCGGCCUCGACGCCAUCCACACCGUUCGGAUUCCCCUGACCGAAGCAGACAGCAAGCGCAUCUGUCGCAAGACAGACCGUGUUAUUCUCGUUAUUCUGGUUUGGGUAUACUUCCUUCAGAUCCUCGAUAAAUCCGUGCUCGGGUACGGCGCCACAUUUGGCCUCCAAGCCGACGCCCACCUCACGGGCAACCAGUACUCGCUUGUUGGAUCAAUCGCCCCUAUCGCUCAGCUGGCCUGGCAACCAUUCUCCUCGUUCUUGAUCGUCAAGGUACCGCAUCGGAUUCUGAUGCCUUCGCUGGUGCUCGGAUGGGGUAUCGCGCAGACAUGCAUGGCGGCAUGCCAUAGCUUCGCGGGCUUGAUGGCCGCCCGGUUCUUCCUCGGUCUUUUCGAGGCUGGGUGUAUGCCGCUGUUUUCUAUUAUCACAAGUCAAUGGUAUCGUCGUGCGGAGCAGCCGAUCCGUGUCGCAGCCUGGUACAGUACCAACGGGUUGGCGACGAUCGUGGCCGCCGCCCUGUCCUACGGUCUGGGACACAUCAAGUCGGAUCUGCUGAAGGAGUGGCAGAUUAUCUUCCUCUUCGUCGGCCUCCUCACGGUCAUCACCGCCCCAAUUGUCUACUGGAAAAUGGACAACGACAUCGUCUCCGCCCGCUUCCUGACCGAACAAGAAAAGCUACAGGCGAUGGAGCGUCUCCGCGCGAACCAGACCGGCGCCGGAAGCCGCGAGUUCAAGCUCUCGCACGUCGUCGAAGCCGGCCUCGAGCCAAAGACAUACCUGUGGAUCGCGAUGGCCAUGCUCCUCAACAUCGGCGCGAGCGUGACCAACGUCUUUGGCCCGCUGAUCCUCAAGGGUCUCGGUUUCAACAAGUACACAACCACCCUGCUGAACAUGCCGUUCGGCGCGCUGCAGUGGAUCGUGAUUCUGCUGGCCAGUUACCUAGCGCAAAAGGCGCGGUUGAAGGGCGCGAUCCUGGCGGCGUUCAUGGUACCAGUCGUUGCCGGGCUGGCGAUGCUGCAUGCCCUGCCGCAUAAUGGGUCGGUGCAGGGCGCGCUGAUGGCGGGAUACUAUCUGCUUUCGUUCCUGUUUGCCGGUAAUCCGCUGGUGGUGUCGUGGAUGGUUGGUAAUACGGCCGGUAUGACGAAGAAGUCGAUCGUCAUGAGCCUGUACCAAGCCGCGAGUGCAGCAGGUAAUAUCGUCGGACCGCUUCUGUUCAGCUCGGCGGAUGCGCCGACGUACCACCCCGGUCUGCAAGCUUGUCUGGGAAUUUUCGUGGCGCUGGUCGCUGUUGUGUUGAUCCAGUGGGCUGAUCUGAUCCUGUUGAACAAGCUGCAGGAGAAGAAGCGAGUGCGGAAUGGGAAGCCGGCCGAGAUGGUGGAUCGGUCGAUGGAGAAUCACUAUCACGGUGCGGGAGGUGAUGAGGAGGACAUGCAGCAGGAGAUGGGCAACAAUGGACUGCUAGAUGUGACUGACCGGGAAAACGACGAAUUUUUCCCGCUUGGCCAGCCCCGCCCAGCACCCGAGGAUGUCCCUAUUAAUACACCAUCUCAUCCCUACCAGAGACAGGAUCAGUUGAGUAAAUCCUCUGCACGAUCAACGCAAAUUGUGUACGAUAACGUAAAUAUGAGGUCCUCUCAAGCCAUGUCAAAGGCAGCAUCGACAAUAGCACAGAGCGCUGGCAGAUACAUCUACCCCGCAGAAACCUCCCGUCAUCUGGCGACCAUCUUGGGAUUUCCAUCCAGGCACUCGAUCGCUUCAGCCUAUUAUGACAGCGCAUGUACCGACAUAGCCAGUCUCGCCUCUGCAAUCUCAGCGUUCGAGCCCGUCCGGUUAUACUCGCGACCUGAAGAUCUCCCAAAAGCCCAGUCGAUGGUCAACCAGGCCAUUCCAAAGUAUACCGGUAACGCCUCGAAUAUCUCCUUCAUCCCCUUUCCCACAAAUCAUCUCUGGGUUCGGGAUACAGGGCCCGUAUAUGUGCACAGCACUGGAGAUGCUCGCUCACGUCGGUUCGCUGUCAACUUUCGGUUCCGUGAGUGGGGAAAAAGGGAUGAGAUGGAGAGCACUGAUCGUGCCGCCGAUGGGCUGGACUGGCCCAUCAUGAACGCCGAGCAACUGGACGAGAACGCGACCUUUGCCAGGAGAGUCAUAGAGUCAGAUCUCUCCCCUUCUCCGGUGACACUCGUCGAGUCCAGAGUCUGCCUGGAAGGCGGCGCAUUAGUCGUGGACGGGGAUGGUACCCUCCUGGCCACAGAAAGCAGCAUCAUCAAUGACAACCGCAACGCAGGCCUUUCGCGGAGCGAGAUCGAAGCAGAGCUGCGACGCUUGCUGGGGGUGGAGAAAAUCAUCUGGUUCCCUGGCCGGAAAGGUCUCGAUGUCACGGAUGUGCAUGCAGAUGCUGAGGUGGGCUUUAUCCGGCCGGGUGUGGUUGUUCUUUCCAGGCCCCAUGCGAGUGUCCCUCGGACGUGGCUUGACGUUUACGAGGAAAUCAGGGAGAUCCUGACUCAGUCAGUGGAUGCGAAGGGGCGUCCGUUUGAGAUCCAUACGGUGGACGAGCCAGACCCUACUAUUAUCGGGGAUUUGUCCUACGAGGAACCAGCGACCAACUACGUGAACUUUUACUUUGUCAAUGGCGGCUUGAUCUUACCUCAGUUUGGCGAUGAGAUAAGAGAUCGGGCGGCUGUGGAAACAUUUCAGAAGCUAUGUCCUGGCCGAGUGAUACGGCCUGUGUAUGUGCAUGCGCUUCCACGUGCUGGUGGAGUGAUUCACUGUGCGACUCAGCCUGUUAUCGCUCUGGAGGAGGACUAA